CUGCAAGAUAAUGUAAAGUAGAAGGACCAAAAGGAAAGACGUACCCAGCGAUGGGAUCCGAAUGAAAUAUUAGCUUGCCCACCAGGUAACAAUGUAAUUGAAAUGAAAUAGCCUGUCCUGAUCUCCGAUUUUCUCCUCUUCCCCCUAGCGGCGGAAGCAACCGCCGGCUUUUCCGUAGAAUAAACAGAACGGAGAAUCUAUUCUCGCUUCUUUGAAAGGGAAACUUCACAUUUUCGGCAGUGAUCUCUGAUUUCACCUUACCCUUCAAUCAACAGCAAUGGAGUUUCCGCUGCCGAUGGACAAAGUCUCUGUUCCCACCGAGGACGACGGCAAGGUAUCUGUAGUUCUGGUUGCCACCGGAAGCUUCAAUCCUCCUACUUUCAUGCACUUGCGGAUGUUUGAGCUGGCAAGAGAUGCAUUGCAAAUGGGAGGCUACCGUGUGAUUGCUGGGUAUAUGUCGCCCGUUACCGAUGCCUACAGCAAACCGGGUCUUGCCCGCGCUGAGCAUCGUUUGCGCAUGUGUAAUUUAGCCUGUGAGAGCUCCGAUUUUAUUAUGGUUGAUCAAUGGGAGGCAAAUCAAAGUACCUACCAGCGAUCUUUGACUGUGUUGAGAAGAAUUGAAAGUGUCUUCAUCGAUCAAGUCCCGAUAUCCAGGGAAUCCCUCAAGGUGAUGCUGGUUUGCGGUGCUGAUCUGCUGCAGUCGUUUAGCAUUCCUGGGGUUUGGAUUCCCGAUCAGGUAAGGACCAUAUGCAGAGACCAUGGUAUAGCUUGCAUUCGUAGGGAAGAGCUCGACGUCGAUCGAAUCAUAGCUGCUGAUGAAAUCUUGAAUCAGAAUAAGGAUAACAUCAAGCCUGUUACUGAACCUGUACCAAACAUGAUCAGUUCCACCAGGUUGAGAGACUGCAUAUCGAGAGGAUUGUCAAUCAAGUACUUGACGGCGGAUUCAGUUAUCAGCUACAUCAGAGAACAUCAAUUGUAUUUGGGAAACAGAUAAAGAUGUCCUGCAGCAUAUAUCUGAGGAGCUUCAAAACCUCCACACUCAUAUUUAAGAGUACCAUGUAAAAUCGCUCAGUUCGGUUUCAAAGAAGAGCAUAAAUAAAUAGCUUCAGCUUUUCAACUAAGAUCUUGAAUAAAGAUCAAAGCCAGACAUUCCAUUCUGAGAAGUUCCCCCACCGUCUUCUCCGCUUCCACUGCCGGAGCCCGACCCGAACGGAUCCCUGUAGUACCCAUUCAGCAUGCCGCCAUCAUACAUCCCUUGCUGCUGCUGCUGAUGAUGAUCGCCCUGCAUCGCGAAAGGUGCCUGCAUGUAAGAAACCAUCUGCUGCUGCUGCUGCUGCGGCAGCGGAGGCGGCGGCAACAUCAUAUUCCCAAAAUCCGGGGACCUUCGCUUGAGCAUGAUCGGAUCGCGGUAAGAUGCCCGAUCGCCCUCUGCCUCGCGGUACCUGGCGAGGAAGAGCGAAAGGGGAUCGACGUAGCUGUCGAAUCCGAGCUUCCCCAUGGCCCAGAUGACGUCGUCGGCGGUGACAGUCUUGCGCUGCUCCCGCUGGCAGCGCUCGUUGGCCUCGCCGGUGACGAAGCUGAUGUACU